UGAAAAAUGGUCCUCUCCCAACUUAACCUAACCAUUCAUUUGACAAAAACAGCAAACCUUAGUUCAUAAAAAUCCUAUUUUGUUUGUCAAAGAACCAGACAGACAGACAUCAGAAGAAGAAGAGACAUGAAAGGAGGGAUUCAUGAGAAACAACUACCUGCAUGGUUGGAGAGAUUAAUGGGUGAAACAUUCUUUGGUGGUUGUGGGGUCCACCAACAUAGAAAGAAGAACGAGAAGAACGUCCUUUGCUUACACUGUUGUCUCUCUAUAUGUCCUCACUGUCUCCCUUCCCACCGCCAUCACCCUCUCCUUCAGGUGAGAAGGUAUGUUUAUCAUGACGUGGUUCGACUGAAUGAUCUUGAAAAGCUCAUAGAUUGUUCCAAUAUUCAAGGAUAUACGAUUAACGGUGCGAAAGUGAUAUUCUUAAAAGAGAGAGUUCAGUCAAGGUCAUGCAAACAUACUGCCAACGUUUGCUGCUCUUGUGACAGGAUUCUUCAGGAGCCCUUCCAUUUCUGUUCGCUCUCAUGCAAGGUUGAUUAUAUGCUAUGCAAGGGCGAAAGGUUAUCGAGGAUAUUACAUCAAUUCAAUGAAUCAGAUUUUUCAUAUUAUUCCCAGUUCGAGGGUUUAAGGGUUGAUAGCUCUGAAGUUAUUGAUGAAGAUCAUAAUGCCCAUUUUGCCCCUACUACUGAGGAAGCUACAAGCCGUUCUAUGAAUAAUAGUAUUUCAUCAUGUGAAGAAGAUCUCAACAAUAGUAAAGGCAAUGGUAAUUUCUUCCUCUCUCUUGGAAGCUGCAGGAGAAAGGGUGCUCCUAAGAGAGCUCCUCUGUCAUAGAGUACUACUGCUAUUGCAAUGUUACUAUUCAAUUAAAUAAAGACAGAGCAUAAAGAUAAAAGUUUAAUUAACUACUAGUACUAAUUAGCAUCAUAUAGUAUGUCGACCAAAUAAAAAUUUGAAUAUUUUUAUGGUAUAUUGUAACUAGUAAUAUGUAUAUAUGACUGUGUCUGUGCUUAAGGACUACGGAUAUAUUUAAAUGUGUAAGGAACUG